CCCGAUCCCCCCGCCGGCCCCGAGCCCGCCCCAGCCCGGCCUAGCCGAGCGCCUGCGUCUUCCCGCCGCAGCCGGCGCUCCGUCCCCAGCUCGGGCCCUGCAUCCAGGCCGCCAGGAUGGACGUGUUCAUGAAGGGCCUGUCCAUGGCCAAGGAGGGCGUCGUGGCCGCCGCGGAGAAAACCAAGCAGGGGGUCACGGAGGCGGCGGAGAAGACCAAGGAGGGCGUCCUCUACGUCGGAAGCAAGACCCGAGAGGGGGUGGUGCAAGGAGUGGCCUCAGUGGCCGAGAAAACCAAGGAGCAGGCGUCGCACCUGGGAGGAGCUGUGUUCUCGGGGGCUGGGAACAUCGCUGCAGCCACAGGCCUGGUGAAGAGGGAGGAAUUCCCCACCGACCUGAAGCCCGAGGAAGUGGCCCAGGAAGCCGCUGAGGAGCCGCUGAUCGAGCCCCUGAUGGAGCCAGAAGGAGAGAGCUAUGAGGAGCCGCCCCAGGAGGAGUAUCAAGAGUAUGAACCAGAGGCGUAAGGGCCCCAGAGGGCCCCCACCAGCAGCACAAUCCCUUCCUGGUCCCUGCCCCGCCCCCCAGAGCCAGGGCUGUCCUUCUGCCCCUCCCCCCAAACACGAGAUCUUCCUUCACUCCGAGGCACCCCCUCGGAGCCUGUGUUAGUGUCUGACCAUCUGUCUGUUCUACCCACCGGCGUCCAACCCUGGGGCGUGGACAAGGCCAUUGGGAGCCUCGCCCCACCCGUGUUGCCCCCUCCCCGCCCCAUCCCGUCCAGCGUCUGCGGGGAUGUAGCAUGUUCUAUGUGUUUUUAAACGAAGAACCGAAAGCGACGGCUCCCUACCCUACCCUGACAGAGGCUCUCCGAGCAACCCCCGGCCUCCCCAGAGCCCUCCACCCCACUCCCACAUCGACCCCAAGGACCUUUUUUUAACCAGAACCAGGAGCCAGGCUGUGCCAUGCCCCUUCCCCCAGCCGGCCCGGUCCAAGCGCGGGCGUUGUGUGUCGUGACUGUGGCAUGGAGAGCCCCCCAAACCUCGUGUGAGCGUGUUCCGGACGGGCGGCACAGCCGCCCCUGCGUGUCCAUGAAUAAAGUCAACCUGUCUGGA